UAAUUUAGCAGACGAUUUAUCGACUGCUCUUGGCCUUGACUUCAAAUCCUCUGAAAUGGCUCAGAAAUCAGAGACCCGCUUCACGAAGAUGGAACGGCUCAGAUCGCACCGUCGUGUCCAAAUCGAAGAUUCCAAACCCACUCGCUACGACGACGACGACGACGAAGAAGACCCAAGUUCACGCGGUUCAAUCAAACUGAGGCCGUCGGAGAAGAACGUAACUGAAGAUCAAGAGCCGUUCAUGGGCGUCAAGGUCCGGAGAAGAGCUUCGCUGCAUCGCGACUACAAGGGGGAUUAUCUCGAUGUGCCUUCUCAGCCAUUCCUCAUGAAGCUUUUAGGGAAACAAGGUGACAGGCAAGUUCUCUUUGCAGAUAAAGCUUUGAAGUUCACUGGUUCAGGAAAGAUGAAACGGCGUACCCUCUUGAUCACUGACUUCGCCAUUUACAUCAUUGACUCAGAGACCGAUAUGCUUAAACGGCGGAUAUCACUCGCAGCUGUUGAAAAAAUUUGUUUGAGUGAACUAAGUGAUAACUUCUUUGCAAUUAUUAUUCCAACUGAGUACGACUUGCUGAUGGCCAGUACUCGAAAGACCGAGAUUGUUACUGUGUUGGUUGAUGCUACCAAGAAUAUGUCUGACUAUGAGCUUGAGGUGGUUUUCUCCAACAGAUUUGAAUAUAAUGCUGCCUCUGACCUGGUGAAGGAAGUUCAAUUUGAAGAAGUUGAAGGGGGUGUUAAAACAAGAAUUUUGAGGAAGUGAGUUGCAGCUUUUCAUUGUGAUCAUAUGGUUUCUACACACUUGCGGGGAUUGGCACAAUACUGAUUAUUUCAUCUCUGCGAUCAGGAGGUUCUAUUCAGUGUACAACCCAACCCCACCUGAAAUGUAGUUUAUUGUUUCAUUUAUAUUAUUAUUUUUUUGUGUGUAAUUUUUCUACUCUGAACCAGUUUCAUCUGGAAGCAGAACCUGUGAUUACUGAGAUCUUCAAAAUCAAUAUGAAAUUGUUUGUUAUCUGCA